CACUUAAUCUAACAUAUCACAGCACACCGCCACAUUGCGGCCGAAACCGUACCUCGUAUCGCAUAUUAGCAGAAGGAGUUAGGCACCUAGUUUUCCGUCAAAAGCAAAAUAAUGGCACCCGCACCCGCCGCCGCCGACCCGGAGCCGGGGAUGCAGUACGCGUCGUGCGCGGCGAGCGACGGGUGCGCGCUCGCCUUCCAGACGUCGCUGCCCGUGGGCCCCGGCGCGACCGUCCUCGACGCCCGGUACGCCGCCUGCGUGCUCCUGCUGCACGGCUUCAGCGGGUCCAGCGCGUACUUCGCGCGCAACUGCGCCGCCCUCGCCGACGACCACUGGGUCGUCGCCCCGGAUAUGCGCGGGCACGGGAACUCCGGCCGCUCGCGCGGCGGGUACCAUGUCGCGCGCCUCGCCGCGGAUUUGCGGACUUUGGUCGGGUUCCUCCGGGCUUCGUGCCCGAGUGACGACGGUCAAGGUGCUGGGGAAGAAGGAGGAGGGGGAAAGUUGCAGAUCGUGGGAGUGGGAUGUAGUAUUGGCGCAGCCGUGCUCUGGACGUACGUCGAGCUCUUCGGAAGCGCGGAUUUCUCCGGGUUCGUGUUCGUGGACCAGGCGCCGCUGCAAGACCGGUCGCCGUUCGGCGACUGGGACGAGUCGCGCGCGCACCUGGGCUGCUACGAUGAGGCAACCAUGCAAGCGGCGCAGCGGGCGUGGAUAUACGACCCGGGCGCCACGCACGCGGAGCUCGUGCGCUCGUGCCUCGGGUACCGGUUCGCGCCGGACCCGUCGACGGACGACAUCUCGGACGAGGCGUGGCGCGCCGACGAGGAGUUCUUCGUGUCGAUUAGUAAGCGGUGCGACCAGGUCUGGCUCGCGAGGCUGCUGGCCGAUCAUACGCGGUACGAUCACCGCGAGGCCAUCGAGGAUAUCGCGGUGCCGACGCUGGUUAUGGCCGGUCGGAGGACCGGGUGUUUUCCGCUCGAGGGCAUGAAGGAGACGGUGCGCCGGGUGGAGACUAGCAGGCCCGGCGGGGCGAGGAUGUCGGUGUUCGAUUCCGGGCACUGGCUUUUCUACGAGGAGCCGGAGCGGUUUAAUAGGGAGGUUGUUGAGUUUGUGGAUAGUUGUACGACGUAGUGAAGUGGUUUUUUCGAAUAUUGUACGUUGGAUGACUUUGGGCUUGGCGCUCGUUGUGUGAUCCGCACCUUUUUGCUUUUCGCGGCUGGCCUCCAGGAUAGGAUAGGUAAUGUUUAGAUGGUUGGUGGUUGUG